CCUCCACUUGCUCAGUUCCUUUACUUCCUUACCCACUUUCUUCAUCAUUUCUCAUUUUCUCUCCCUUUCCCUCAUUUUCUCGCCGGAAAUCUGGAAAGAACUCAACGAUGAGAGAUGAUACAGACACGUACAUUACUACGGUGCCUAGCUUCUUCAAGUGUCCAAUCUCUCUCGACGUAAUGAGAUCUCCGGUGAGCCUCUGCACUGGCGUCACCUACGACCGCGCCAAUAUUCAGCGUUGGCUCGACGGAGGCAACAACACUUGUCCAGCGACCAUGCAGGUUCUGAAGAGCAGAGAGGUGGUCCCUAACCUCACGCUUCAGCGACUGAUCGAUGUCUGGUUCCAUUCCAUCGGCCGGAGAAGUUUCGAUUCGCCGGCGGAGAAGCCGCCGGAAGACAGAGUUCCGACGUUGGAAGAGGCGAAGGACGGGUUGGAGAAGCUGAAUCUCGAGAUCGACGAUGAGAUUCGUCUGGAGAUGCUGUCGAGGAUUGUCCGGUUCGCGAGAGAAUCCGAAGCCAACAGAGGAUAUCUGGUAAGGAAGGAGGAUUUCGUCCCAAUGCUGUUGGAUAUCAUUGUCUCCGUCCAUGAUGGAGCACGGACGAUCACGAGAUUCGAGCUGGUUCUUCGGGCGAUCAGGAUUCUGGAUACCAUCAGGAGCGGGAACGGAGGAGAUCGGGAGCGGUUGUCGAAGCUGAUGUUGUCGAGGUCUGGUGGCGUUUGCUUGACGGUGAUUCUUCUCGCGCUUCAACGAGGGAAUCUGGAAUCGAAGAUCGAGUCGGUUAGGGUUUUGGAGUGGAUCGCAUUUGAUGCUCAAUCCAAGCUCGCGAUAGCAGAACGAGAAGGAUUCCUGCCGGAGCUGAUGAAAACGAUCUCCACAGAUUCCGAUUCGAGCUUGAUUGAAGCAACCUUAUCCUUCCUUAUCACGAUUUCCUCAUCGAAACGAGUUCGUUCGCGGUUAAUAUCGGCGAAGGCCAUCGCAAAGCUCAGAGACCUCCUCCUUACAGAGACGGUGACCGGAACUGUAGGAGUGACGGAGAAGACGCUAAAGCUGCUGGAGAUUCUGUCGUCUCGCCGGGAAGGGAGAUCGGAGAUAUGCGGCGGGGGAGGAGGAUGCGUGGAUGGAGUGGUGAGGAAGCUGCUGAAGGUGUCGACAGCGGCGACGGAGCAUGCGGUGGCGAUACUGUGGUUGGUUUGCUACGUGUUCGGAGCGGAGUCGUCUCCGGCGGCGGCUGAGGCGGUGGAGAGAAGCAACGGCGUAGCAAAACUUCUGGUGGUAAUGCAGAGCAACUGUUCUCCGGCGAUACAGCAGAUGGCGAAGGAUUUGAUAAAGGUGAUGAAGUUGAAGAAUCGCACAUCGUGUUUUGUUGCUUACAAUACAAAGACCACUCAUAUUAUGCCCUUUUGAUUAUUUUUUUUGAUAAUGUAUUUGUAUGAUCAAAAUAUGAACCUCAGAGAUGGUAAAUCCAAAGGGUAAAAAAUGCUGGUAGGAAAAUUAGUGAAUAUAAACAUAUAUUAAAGAAAAUUCAAUUAUCUUUGAUA